AUGGGCGUCACUCACACCGUUCUCUUCCAGUUCAAGGCAGAAUUAUCGGCCGACGAUGUCAAAGCUGCUUUCGCGCGAUUUCUUGCGCUGAAAGAUACUUGUAUUCAUGCGACCUCCGGAGAGAAAUACAUCAUUUCGUUGAAGGGUGGGAAGGACAACUCCCCCGAAAAUAUGCAGGGUGGGCUCACUCAUGGUGUUGUUGCCGAAUUCGCCUCAGCUGAGGAUAGAGACUAUUACAUUACGAAGGACCCGGUUCAUCAGGAAUUUAUGAAGUUUAUUGGAGGGCUUCUUGAGAAGGCUGUUGUUGUUGAUUUCGCUGAUGGGGUUUAUUAG